AUGAAGGUUGGUGAUCCAAAGGACAAUAUUCGACGUGACAUACGUACUAUCUUUCAGCUCGUUGUGAGCCUUUAUCCCGCAAGUCGCCUUUUUGUUUGUCUUUCUAAUGGAAUCAAGUCGAAAGUCAACAAAGCUAGACAAGAAUGCCUUGAGGAAAUGGGUAGUCUUAUUGGACGGUUUGGUAUCAGUGUCUGUCAGCCCACACCCCAAGUAGCGCUGAAGCAAAUGGCCACUCAAAUCGCUGAUCGAGACAGUGGUGUCAGAACCUCUGCCUUGAAUUCACUUGUUUCGGCCUAUGCAAUCCUCGGAGAGAAAAUAUGGAAGCUGAUCGGAGAGGUAGAUCUAACUGAUUUCUAUUUUUUGUUUAUGCCGUUUUAA